AUGACGGGCUUUCCCACCAGCCGCGCCGAGUCCGUCUCGUCCGCCAGCGGCCAAACGACGGCGUCGUCGCGCACCAUCCUCUCGACAGACCCCUCCGCCGCCGACGGCCUGUUCCUCGCGAGGCCCUUUGUCCAGCGCAAUGGCCGCACCUUUCUCAACGACCACACGCUGGCCUACCCGCUGCCCUCGGACCUCACCGAGCUUCACCGGCAGGUCCUGCGCACGAUGCUGCUGAUCCAAGUCAUUGGCGCCCCCGUGCUGUCACCUGGCCUGAUCAAGAAGCCGCCCCAGCGCGUCCUCGAGAUUGGCUGCGGAUCGGGCUUCUGGAGCACCAUGUGCCACCACUACUUCAAGAGCCGCGGCCACGGCGGCAUCUCCUUCACCGGCAUCGACAUUGCGCCGCUCGCCCCCGACAACAGCUCCAGCACCUCCAACGACGCCAUGAAGCCCGGCGGCGACAUGCAGUGGAGGUUCAUCCAGCACGACCUCCGCCAGAUACCGUGGCCCGUGGCCUCGGACGAAUACGACCUGGUCAUGGUCAAGGACGUCAGCUACGCCGUGACCAACAAGUUGAUGCCGGCCUUUAUCGAGGAGUGCGUGCGCCUGGUCAAGCCGGGCGGAACCCUCGAGGUGUGGGAGUCGGACCACGCCAUCCGAAGCCUGCGGCCCCAUGUGCCCACGUCCACCGUGUCCGUCGAGGACGCCGAGGAGCAGGCCGCGGCCGCCAGCCUCGGCGCCUACGUCAUCAACCCGCAGACGCCGCUCUCCGUCCCCUCCAACAACUAUAUUGCCGAAUACAACUCGUGGCUGUCGCGUGCGCUGGAGCGGCUCGACAUCAACCCUCUGCCGUGCACAGUCAUUGGCCCGACGCUGCUGCAGGAGUACGAGACCCUGGGCGACGUCCGCUCCAGGAGAAUAGCCCUUCCCCUGAGCGAGUUCCGCUGGGAAAAGGAGGGCAUCGGCGGUGUCGUCACCACCGACGCCAAGCCCGCCGAGUCCAAGGGCAAAGAGCCGCCGACGCCGAGGCUGGAGAAGAAGACGCUGACGCCGGGGCAGAUUGCGCUGCGCCAAACGGCCCUGCUGACCCAGGUGCAGGAGAUUCAGGCUCUGGAGCCCAUCUUGCGCGAGGUCAGCGGCAAGAGCCAGGACGAAUGGGACAUGUGGCUAACCAAGAUGAUGAGUGACCUAAUGGACGAGAGCGGCACGGCGCUGGGGGAGUGUCUCGAGUUUGGGGCUUGGUAUGCAAAGAAGAAGAAGGCGUCUGCGUAA